AUGACGACAUCACGAGGAUUCAUCAAUAUGCCACAAACAAUAUUUGACAAAGCUGAUAAUACAGACUUGGAUAUAAGCGAUGAGAUGGAAGAAGUUCGUGAACUGAUGUACGAAUUAAUCAAAACAAAUUUUUCAUCGGGUGUUAUGGUAGAACAUUUAGCGAAAAUAUAUAAGGAAAGCUAUGAAACGCGUGGUUUAGGACCGUUGCUUCCAGAUAACUGGCUUGACCAUAUACGAGUCGCAGAAGAAUUUGAAGUCGUCAAUCGUGGUCCAAUUGCAAUGGUUUAUACACGUCAACGCGAUGCACCACCAUUUAUUAUCGAACCGCCUUGUAAUUCGUUAAAUAUAACGAAAGGACUUGCAUCGCCUAAAGCAAAGGAAGCAACUCGAAUUAGGCUUACUGAUCGAGAAUUGGCUCAGCAGAUGAAAUCGAUAUUAUCAUUCGAACCGAUCAUUUGUCCGUCAACAGUAAGCGUUAUUGUGAUGAAAUGUGAUGAGGACUCGGAUGAUAUCUAUGUACAGUUGGCCGGUACAAAAAAUAAUUUCGAACUGCUGCGAUCAGCAAUGAAUUCUUACUACGAAGAGCAAUCUUCUGGUGAUUCGGUGAUAGAACCUGAGAUUGGUGGUGUUUACGCAGUUCGCGAAUCGGAUGGACAUUGGUAUCGGGCGUUGUUGAAAGUUCCUGAAUAUUUCACAUUAUUGGAUAGCGGUCGAAUAGUACACGUGAAUGGUGCAACGAUUCGACGUCUUCGUGCGGAAUAUGCUCUCCCAAGAAUAUAUCCCAUUUAUGCGUUCAUUAUUACUUUGGACAAAAAGUGUGAUAAUGGUCCAUCGCUGUGUAUUUUGCGAACUGCUUGCCAUACUCAGCUUCCGUUGCCGCUACGAUUCAUAUCCGCUUAUAUCGAAAAUGGUUUAAUAAAAUACAAUGUUCAAAGCUCGAUUAUGUGGAUUAAGGACCGGAAAGAAUACGAGCAGAAUGUGAUAAGAGUAAUACCGGCGUCGCCGCAAUAUCCAGUAGCCGUAGGAGGAGUGGAAUUAGUUGCCAUGGAGUUGAGCGAGAUGCCGAAGAAACGCUUUGCUGCACAUAUUUUGACUGUAUUUGAUGCUGAUAAUAUCAACAUACGACAAUGCUCAUUUGAUCCAAUCCCGGACUACAUAACCAGUGCAGUGAAACGAGAUUCCUUAGCUCAACCAUCACCUCCACCAUUCAGCGAGUUAAUACCAGGGCGUUUCUAUGCUGCGAAAUUGCGUCCAGAUUCUAAUUGGGAACGUAUACAGUUGCUUGGUCCAAGCACUGUUGACGCUGAUUGUUUUCGUGUCUAUGCUGUUGAUAUUGGCUUAUUCGGUAUUGUCCGGAAGUCAAAUAUGCGUCAUCUAAAAACUCCAAAUGGACUACGUAAAAUUUUGAUGGCGAAAUGUAAAAUAGCAGGAAUUAAGCCGAAAAGUGGCGGUGAUGUAUGGAGUCGUGAGAGUCAAGCAAUGAUAUGCAAUGUAUUGACUAGUGCAGAACAUAUAGAAGUGGAACCAGUCAGCGACUGGGAGUUAUUUGGAGAUCCAGAUUGUAUUAUGGUACCGUUUGCGACAGUAAAGAUUUUCGCUGAUGGUAAGAGUGUUGAUCAGAUGAUCGUUGAACAAGGAUACGCGCAAUGCAGUGAUGAUAAUCUUUCUGUAUGUAAUCAGUAUUGCCAAAAAUCGCCGAUGGUGAUCAGUUGA